GAAUACAAGAAAGCUAGGCAUAUUGUUGUUUGGGAUUUGUCUCCAUCGUGGGUGGAAAAUUGGCCAUGUGAAGCAAUGUACAGAUUAGAUGAUGUAUCAUUUAACCUGUCUGAGAACAUCAACAGAUUCCCAAAUGACUUGGAGCAGAACACAAAGCAACGAGCAAGACUUCCCUUGGUCAAGUGCUCUAUUACGGUGUCUUCAGACUUGAUUUUUGAGCUAAGUCGCCGA